CCAACAACACCAACAACCAACACCAGUGCAGUUUUGUAAACAACCGUGCAAGAAAAAAAAGAGAGGUGUGCAACAGAGAGCCAGCCUUCCUCAGCGUCGACCGAGGAGAACUCUGAAAAACUGGCCGCUUCAAUGCAUCACAGAGGACCGAGACAGCAGCAGUGGGGAUCAUGGAUGUGUGCGACCUGUUCAGCAGCUGCAGAAAGGGCGACGUUUGCAGAGUCAGAUACCUUGUUGAACAAAGAGACGUGGACCUCAAUGUAAGAGAUAAAUGGGACAGCUCCCCUCUGUAUUAUGCUUGUCUCUGCGGUCACGAGGAAGUGGUCCAGUACCUGUUGGCUAAUGGUGCCAAGUGUGAAGCCAACACGUUUGAUGGCGAGCGGUGUAUGUACGGCUCUCUGAACGAUUCUGUCCGACGCCUGCUCAAAGAUUAUAAGUGCAUCAGCGUGCGCGCCAUGCAGCGGGACGACUUCAACUACUUUCUGCACAUGUUACUGGAGCAAGGUCAACACAGCGACGUCAAGUUCCUGGUUCAUGGACAAGUAUUUACGGCCCACCGAUGCGUCCUCAGUGCACGCUCAGAGUACUUCACCGAUAUGUUUGAGACCAAGUGGAAAGGGAAGACCUUGAUCACCCUCAAACACCCUUUGAUCAACCCUGCAGCCUUUGGAGCAAUCCUGCAAUAUUCCUAUACAGGACGUAUGGAUAUUGAUAUAAGCCUCGUGGAGGACUGCAGACGACUUGCCAAACAGUGCAAGAUGGAAGUUCUAAUAGAGGAGCUGGAGAAGAAAUGCAAACAGCUGUAUGAAUUUGUGUCCAACAAGCCGGGAAUCUGUGUGAAGGUUCUCAGCCUGGAUCCUCACAUCUGUCAACUUCAGGAGGAGUUGGCUCAGUUAGCAGACUGUGCACUUCCCAUUGAACUGAGAGUUGGAUUUGGCGAACUUCCCUUUAACAGAGUCGACCGCUUCCCUACUUACCCCGACAUCUGCUUCAGAGUCGAGGGCUCCAACUUCUUGUGCCAUAAGGCGUUUUUCUGCGGACGUAGUGAUUAUUUUAAAGCCCUGCUGGAGGACCACUUCAGUGAGGGGGAGCAGCUUCAGUCCCAGCCCAGCACCCCAGUGAUUACUUUACACAACAUUUCCCAUGAAAUAUUCAUCCACGUCAUGUAUUACAUCUACACCAAUUACACGGAGCUAAUAACGGAUGUCGUGUUUGACGUGCUGUGCGUGGCCGACAUGUAUCUGCUGACGGGGCUGAAGCGUCUUUGUGGGAAGACGCUCUCCAAGACUAUAUGCGAGGACAACGUUGUGUACAUGUGGAAGAUGGCCAAGCUUUUCCGUCUCUCUCGGCUGGAGGAUAACUGCACAGAGUUCAUGGCCAAGAUCAUUGAGCGGCUGGUGGAGCAGGCCGAGUUCGCAGAGAUCAUCAAGGAGGACGCUGCGUCCGUGGAGGACCGGCAAGAGACGGACUCCGUCCCCCUGGUGGACGAAAUCCGCUACCACAUCACGGGCAACGUGCAGACCUUCAGUGCGAUAGAGGAGACCAAUCAGAAACUGGAGGCUUUGGAGGAAUUGCUCUCCAACAUCAAUAUUUACUGCUGAGGGGUCGGCAGGUUGUGGUUUGUGUUUGUAGUAGCGGUGCAAGGUUUGAAGUUUUUAAGGUGGAUGGUUUGGGAUGGGAUAUAUAUGAUGCUGCUAACAGAGAGACAAAAAGGGUGUCUGUGGGUUUUUAUUUUAUUUACAGUAUAUUAUACAGAAUAUAUAUUUUCAGAAGAUUAUUCUGAUGCGUAUUUAGAUAAAGCUCUUAAGGUGAGGUCUGCGAUUCUGGAGAAAUAUUGUUGAUGUUUGAACUAAACUCCCAAAACGAAUCCUUUACUUUGAAUUUCGCCUUUUUAUUCAUCCAAGACCUUUUCCCUGUCCAGUGCACCAGCGUGAGCGCCCCCUAGUGCUGAAUAGUGUUGUGUUUUCCGUUUAAAGAGUGUUUGUAUGAACGACUAUAUACUACGAUUCUUUUUAUCAGCGCGCACACAGAAUGGACAGCUUGUGGAAAAGUUCUUUGCUGAAUUUAACGAAAAGAGUUUCGGAUUAGAAUCGCUGACUGCACCUUUAAAUUAUUUUUUCAGUAAGACAUAUCAAAAAGACAUUUGGUAUACAGUACGAAGAUGUGCAAGACGGGCUUUGGGGAAAUUGUGUAUGAUACAUUUACACAUGCGUGGAUUUGUUUUAGGCAUUAUUUGUAGCCACUAGAAUCUAGACUAGCUAGUUAUUUAGCUCUUUUAAACUGUACUUUGGCCCUAACAAAGUUAAGCACCAGCUUUCAAAGCAAAACUCCAAUGAGAUUUUAUUUUUAUGCUCUUAAAAAGUUUCAACGAAUGCAUGUCACGCAUGCACCAACAUGCACUUGACAACAAUGGGUAAUAAAGACGGAACAGUGCAGUAUAAGUUCACUUCAUUCACCCAGAAAAUAUUUUUAACCUCUCAAUUCUUAUGUUUUGUUACAUAGAAUAAAGUUUUAUGGAUUUCAUGCGCAGAAGAAAGCACCUUUUGUUUUGGAUUUGAUUGGAUGUGGCGGCUGAACGUCACACCAUUCUACCUGUAACAUUGCUCCUCUGUGACACUUUAUUAAUUCAUCUUACACUUAUGAACCCUUCAACAUAUUCCUGCUCUUUAUUCAAACCUUGGAUGGAAUAACUCAUUUCCUGUUGCCUUGUGUGCGACAAACCUCUCUUGCCCAGUGUGCUCACGGGAAAAUAAAGCUGUUACAAAAAUGUUUGCAUGUAAAAUCCACCAUGCAAUAAUGGAAAAACUACUGCUCUUGGUUUUUGCAAUUAAACGUGGUAUUGCAAGCACGUGUUGUUUUAUUCAGCAUCAUUAAU